CCGUUGCCUCGUAUCGACUCUACACUCCUAUAUCAUCUUAUCUUCUUCAAUGCAUUCCCUCCGCUCAUUCACACCUUCAAACCACGAUACAAUUCAAAAUGACCACCAUCCAACCCUCCCGUCCCAAUCUCACCUCCAACGACUCCGCCGUCCUCCAGGCUCUCUUUGACGCCGAAUCCUCCCCUUCAGCAGCCGUCGCCAUCGACCCAUCUCUCCCAGCCUACCCAGCCCACCUGAACCUGGACCCAGAGGCCCUCGAAUCCCUGCGCCAGCGCGAGCUCUCCAUCGUCCGCACCCUCCAACCCUCCUCGUCCACCCCUCUCACUCCCCAAACCAUCCACGCAGCCAUCCACUCCCUCGACGCCCUCAUCGCCGAAUAUCCCACCUACCCAUCCGCGCACGUCAAUCGCGCCCAGGCCCUCCGCACCCUCAUCGACCAGUCCAAGCCCGAAGGAGACGACGACAACGAAAGCGCAUUCUUCUCCCCCCAAAACACCACCCCCACCACAACCCUCUUCGACGACCUCUCGCGCGCAAUCGCCCUCGCCACGCCCCUCUCCCCCGCCGACCCCGUCUCCCCAACCCAGGCCCGUCUCCUCGCUGACGCACACACCCACCGCGGCUACCUCCUGCUGAAAGCGGCGCGGUGGAGGCGCGCAAAUCCCAACGAGUCAGGCACUGGCGGACCGGCUAAACUUGCCGGCAUGGACGCCGAGCAGCUGGAGGAGCUGGCGAGUCGGGAUUUUUUCAUGGGAGGACGGUUCGGGAAUCAGGUUGCGCAGCAGUUGGCGGUGCAGACGAAUCCGUAUGCGAAGAUGUGUGGGGCGAUUGUUAAGGAGGCGUUGAGGGAGGAGAUGAGGGGGGGUGGGUUGUGAUUCGAUUCAUCUUAUUUGAUUGGAUUUCUGGUAGGGGAUGUGGAUUUUUCAGGGCUGGAUUGGCUUACCUACUUACUUAAUUUGCUAGAUGUUAGCGUCGCAUCGUUUUGUCGAAUAUACAGUAUGUUUCUUUGGGUGCGGAUGAUGGGUUAGAGUGGUAGAUGGUGUUUCGUUUAUGGUACUUGAUCUAAUGCAUGGAUACCAGCAGGGGUGACAAAUGUGUCGAUGGAGGACAUAAUGUAAGCAUUCGUGUA